AUGUCCUUUGCAAUGGUGCGACCAACCCCAGGUCACUUUCUGUGCUCUGAGAUCAGGAUGCUCUCUGAGGAUGAUGAAAACGGUAGCGAAGGCUCUGGGUCCGACGACAAAACCUUCAGCAUGGCAUCUCACGGCUACAGCACCUUCAAGCUAGGCGCUCGCAGCAAAAGGUACGGCUGCAGAUCGGUGGCACUUACCACUGAGAUCCGUUCCCCCGUUACCGAAGUACGGCCGCGGAACACUGCGAACGCCCGGGAACGAGAUCGCACCAACAGCGUUAAUACAGCCUUCACCGCUUUGAGGACGCUGAUACCAACCGAACCCGCUGACAGGAAACUGUCCAAGAUCGAGACGCUGCGGUUGGCGUCCAGCUACAUCUCUCACCUUGGGAACGUUCUGCUGGUCGGAGACGAGUGCGGAGACGAGUGUGUAGACGGCCAGCCCUGUCUCAGGAGCUCUGCAGCUUUGUUUCAUCACCAUCACAACCUCCAGAAAAACACAACACCCAGCCCAGACUCCGAGAACUCUCAGCCCAGACAAAUCUGCACCUUCUGCCUCAGUAACCAGAGACGACUGAACAAAGGAAGAGGAAGAAAAACAGCCUUAAGAAGUUAG